GGAAGAGGGCAAACCUUCCCUGCUGGUCCUUCUGGCCUCCAAUCCAGAAAAUCCAGUCCAGUUUUCUGACCCCCUCACUUUUGCCUGAGCAAAUAUAUAAAGGGCAGUCCUGAGAUUGUUGUAUCUUGCAGAACGGGUUACUGCGGGCUUGUGUGCAGCUAACAGAGGACAAUCCUCUGACGUACUGUCAGUGGACAAUUAUCUAUGAAAGGGUGUCAUGUGCUUGAAAGACUGUUCAGUCCAAGUCCGGUUUGAAGAUAAAGAAGGCACAUCAGGGAGCCUUGAAGCUGCCCCUCAACAGUUAGCAACAUCUGGACAACAGACCAAGCAGGCACACAGCUCACCAGAAUCUGAGCAGCUUGUGCAGGGGACUCUUGCUGGGAAACAUGGCGGAGAAGGGGUCACCUUUUGUCGUGGGGCUGUUGGUGAUGGGCAAUGUGAUUAUCAUGCUUGCAGGACUGGCACUUUAUGCCGAAUCUGUCUGGGUAACAGCUGAUCCAUACAAAGUGUACCCCAUUAUGGGAGUGUCGGGCAAAGACGACGUCUAUGCGGGUGCCUGGAUCUCCAUUUUCACUGGUUUUUGCUUCUUCUGCGUCUGCGUCUUUGGCAUUAUCAGCCUCGUGCGUGGCAACCGCCUGAUGGUAUUGUUGUAUCUGGUGCUGAUUCUGGUUGUCUACAUGUUUGAGUGUGCAUCUUGCAUCACGUCCUACACACACCGUGAUUAUGUGGUUUCAAAUUCCAGAUUAAUAACCAAACAGAUGUUGACCUUCUACUCAGCCGACUCCUACCAAGGCCGGGAGCUCACCCGUAUGUGGGAUCGGUUCAUGAUGGAGCAACAAUGCUGUGGCACCAAUGAUCCCAUGGACUGGGUGAACUACACCUCAGUCUUUAGAGCCAGGUACCCAGAGGUGGUGGCACCCUGGCCUUUCUAUUGCUGCAAGCGUGAUCAUAACUUCAUCAUAAUCAACGAAGAGGGCUGCAGACUGGGCCAUGUUGACUACAUCAACACUAAGGGCUGCUUUGAGCACAUCAAGCAUGCAGUGCAGAGCUACGCCUGGGGCGUCUCUUGGUUUGGCUUUGCCAUCCUUAUGCUCACGUGUCCUGUUGUUCUUCUGGCUAUAUACCACUACGCCACAAUGUAAGGAACCCCAGCUGGUCGAUAUGAGUUUGCCCCCUAUGAUGGGGAGGGUGGCACCCUCUGCAGGGCAAGGCAUCCUGAUCCAUCCUCCUAAGGAACCCGCCAUGGGGUUUCCUUCUGUGUUAUGCUGCACCAUAGUAUGUCCUCCAACGCUGAUCUACUCCCUGCAACUUGCCUGUGGUUGGCUGGUGUUGCUGCCAGACAUCUUUAAUUCUGCCAUUCUGUCCUAUGGAGGAAUCUUCCCAACCUUCUUUUGUGCAGCUUUUUUUUAAAAAAAAUGAAAAUGUACAAUAAAUACUAUUUGAAAUCCAUA